CUGUCAAAGUGAAUAUCUGUCAGUGUCAAACAGUUUUUAUUUUGUUAUUGUUUGAAUCUGAAUGUAGUUGUAGUAUGUUAUAGUAUGUAUAGAAAUGGGAAUUCACCGGGACGCAUGCGUUAAAUUACAAUCGAUAUUCGAGGUUCGGCUGGCUAACACAGUUGGAGCGUCGUCAAGCUUUUAACAGCAACAGAUAGGUACCCAGAACCUGUAGUAAAAAUUAACAACUGUCAAAAUUUCCAACAUUUAAAAAAGCUCAAGUUAAGAAAUUAACUGAAAACCUUUACAAUGGCAUUGGAUUUGGCUAAAGAGGAAGUUUUUUGGACAAGAGCAAUGACUUUAAGACUUGUGAAAUUUAUAAAAAGUAAACCAACCAUUUGGAAUCGGAAGCAUUCAAAGUACUCAUCGAUCAUGCAUAGAGAUCAAAUUUACAGGCAAUUUGCUUUUAUAUACGGCAAUAACAAAUUCACAGGAGAAGAUGUGAAAGACCAAUGGAUUCGUAUUCGAACGACCUUUGUUGGUCUCAUGAAAAGACUCAAAGCAAGUAAAGCUAAAGGAGAGACCUAUAACAUCACCUGGUACUUAUGGGAUGCAUGCAGUUUUCUGUACAAGAAAGAUCCACCCAAAGGAAAUGACCGGAAAAUCAAGAAAGAGCAAGGAAAUGCAUCGGAUAAUGUUGACGCUACAUGCCACAAUGUAGCUAAUGGUUUAGUUAAUGCCAUACGUGGAACUCAAAAUGAUGUCUGCUAUGGUGAUGACACCAAAUACAGCAACUUAACAAGAUAUGUUGCAGGUAAACUCUAUCAAAUGAGUUCCUAUGAUGCAGCUCGAAUAUCGUGUAAAAUGCUGGAUUUCUUGAAUCUUGAGAUGAAUGAGGUAAUAUCCAUUUAAAAAGUUGAGUCGGAUGAGUUUUUGAUAAUUAUUUAUUGGUAUAGACCGUAGGUCCGUAAAUACGGUAUACGCUAAUAUAGUUCUACUAUAAUCUACCUUAAAAUAGGCACUCCAUAUUUAAUCAAUUUCAUAUUAAUAACUAUACUCAUUUCGUACUAUUACAUUGUUUAGAUGUAGAGAGUCAUUGAUGAACUCAUCAAUAGAAUAAUAAUCAUUUAUAUGUUUAGAAUGUGGACUAUUAUAUAACACAAGAAACAAGGAAUUACAUUUGCGAACAUCCCACCACAUUUAGUAAGUAAGUUAUCUUGUAGGUCUGUCUUUUUGGAACAUAUCUUAAUAAUUACAUUUAAUAAAUCUGGUAAUAUUGUCUGAUACAAUUAGGUGUUUAUUUUAACAAAUUGAGUAACUUCAAAACGUAUUGCGAAGGAAAAGCUCGAGAAAAAUCGAGAACAGCUUUCAGUUACCUACUUUUAAACAUGUGUCAUUCUUGGGUUUUGAAAACCCGUUCUUUUAGACAGCAGUUCCCACAAAGUAUGACGUUAACUCGCAAGACUGAUAAUUAUAUGGAGUCAUGGUAAGCCAUUAAUGUGGUCUUUGAGACUAAGAUUUGAAGGACAUAGGGAGAAGAGCUAAGCUUUUGAAACUUUGUAAUGAUUGUAAUGCACACUUCCUUGUGUGUUGAUGAAAUUGCACUUAUUUGUUGCAUUUCGCAUUGA